AUGGCUGCAACACAGAAUAUUCGCAUCGCACUUCCAAAGAGUGGCGUAAAUGUGUUUUAUCGCGAGCAGAGUCCUGCAAACCCUUCCAAAACGCUUCUGCUUCUCCAUGGCUUCCCGUCGUCCUCACACCAGUAUCGCGACAUCAUUCCUUUGCUCGCUACAAAGUACCGCGUCAUUGCCCCGGAUCUGCCCGGCUUUGGAUUCACAGAGACUCCCGAAGGCUUCAAAUUCACGUUUGACUCCCUUACAGACGUUGUCGCAGAAUUUUUAGACUCUCUUUCCAUCUCCAAAUUCGCAGUCUACGUCUUUGACUAUGGAGCUCCAGUUGGCCUCCGUCUGGCACUACGCAACCCAGAAUCGGUGCAAGGAAUCAUCACCCAAAACGGAAAUGCCUAUGUAGAAGGCUUUGGUGAUGUCUGGGCGCCAAUUAAGGAUUUUUGGGCUAGCGAGAAUACCGCAGAUGAUCGUUCCAAGAUCGCGGGCGCCAUGUUGAAUUUCGAUAUCACCAAGUUUCAAUAUGAGAAUGGCACUCCGGACGUGAAAACGAUUGCACCAGAGACUUAUACGCUGGACUAUACUCUGAUGCAGCGCCCGGGGAGAACAGACGCGCAACUUGACCUUUUCAUGGAUUACCAAAACAACGUUCCUUUAUACGAGAAGUUUCAGGAAUAUUUCCGAAACUCUCAGGUGCCUCUUUUGGCCAUCUGGGGACAAAACGAUGUAUUCUUCAUCCCAGCUGGAGCUCAUGCGUUUAAAAAGGAUCUGCCCAAUGCAACCAUCAAGCUCAUCGAUGCCGGCCAUUUUGCGGUGGAGAGCGACGGAGCACUGAUCGCGAAGGAGGUGGCGCAAUUUCUUGGCUAA